AGUGUGCCAGUCCUCCGCCAUAUUGACUGUUGUCUUGACUGGAGGAGAUAGAGAACAUUUUGAGGUCCGAGAAGAAACGAAAGUGCCCUCGUAAAAGCCAUCGAAACUGGUGCAAACUUGGCCAAAGCCUUCCGUAAACACCACCGUAAUGGCGAGGAAGAAAAGCAAGCAACAGGGGGUCGGCCAGAAGGAGCUUGCGCCUGGACAGCAGAGCGCACCGAAGAGCGCUGUCUCUCCCGGCGAUGCAGCUGGCGGUGGCGGCGGCGGAGGAGAUGCUGGGCUGGAUAGGCUGGCCAACACCAGGGCGAACCAGCCCAUGCACACCUGCUGCCUGCUGUGCCAUCGAGAGUUUAAGGACUGGGGAGCAGGAUCCGUCAACGGGCUUCCCGCCGGCCACGGGACCAAGCUGGCCGACGCGGUGCCUGCGCUCUCCCAGGCCUUACUGCGGGAGGCGCCGGGGCGGAAGCUGGCCGACGCGGUGCCCUCGCUGUCUCAGUCGCUGCUCGGAGAGGUGCCUCUGUGGAUCUGUCAGAGCUGCUGCAAGAGCGUGGAGGAGGAGGAGAGAAGGAGCAUGCAGGAGCAGCCUUCAUCGGUACCAUUGUCACACUCUUCCUCCUGUAAGUCCCAAAGCUGUGGGAAUGGUUACCCGGAGCAAAGUACUGUAGACUGGGACCCGAGUUCCUUCCUGUCAGCCCACAAGCUGUCAGGUCUCUGGAACUCGGCCCACUCCAAUGGAGGUGAACACUGCAACCACACCACUUCUUCACACUCGCAACAAGGUCUGUCGUCACAAGGGCUAACGGCCUGUCACGAGAAGCGGGGGCUUCACGAAGCUCCCGGAAAAUCCGCGAAAGCAUCGAGUCCCAAAGUCUGUCCCUACAGUCACCCGUCGUCCCAGAGUUCCAGCGGAUCCUCUGCGGGGAACGCCCAGUCUACCUCAGCAGACCUCUGUAAGACCGCCCCCAAGCACUUCAAGACCAUGUGCCGUCGACCAACGCCACCAGGGGAGGCCUUUCAUCCCAGCGACCACCAUCAACACGCAGACCUGUCGGUACCGCCCAACAGUCCCACGGGUCUUUCCUCCCAGCAUUCGUCCCUCCUGCCCCCGAAGCCAAACUCGGGGCAGCACGGCCACGUCACCUCGUCCUGUGGUAGCGGCGUGGCGGCCCACGCCUCCUUCACCCCGCUGGUCCCAAACCUCCACAGCCCCACGGCGAAACUCAGCUCCCCGAGCCCCGACAGCCCGACGCCGGUCCACAAGCCCAGUUCAUGCAAAAACUCCCACAUUCCCGCCGUGAACACGCAGCACAGCAAGCUGGGCACGUCUCUAAUGGGCUGCAACCACUCUUGUAACGGACACAACCCGGGAACCGUGGCCUCGUCCAACGCAGGCCAUCUAACAGCCGGAGCCUGCAGGGAUCAGGCAUGUAAAGGGCACAAAGUGACAAACGGGACGUUGUGCCACCCGUCGUCAGAGCUGGAGGAAGGCGAGGACGAAGACAGCAGCUCCGAGAGGAGCUCCUGCGCCUCCUCUUCGACCAAUCAGAAGGACGGGAAGUACUGCGACUGCUGCUACUGCGAGUUCUUCGGACACAACGCGCCUCCCGCCGCGCCGACCAGCAGGAACUACGCCGAGAUCCGCGAGAAGCUUCGCUCACGCUUAACCCGCCGUAAGGAGGAGCUGCCUCAGCGCCAGGAUGCUGAACUGACGGCAGUCGGUGCCAUCGACAACAGGGACGUCGACGAGCUGCUGGACUUCAUCAACAGUUCGGAGCCCAAGCCUGUCAACAGUGCCAAGGCUGCCAAAAGGGCCCGACACAAGCAGAAGAAGAAGGAAAAGGCUCAGCAGGUUAACCUGGGCGCUGCCGGCAGCGACGCCCAGUCCGGUGCGCCUGAGGAGCCCGUAGACGAGCCCAUCACUGACGGUCCUGACGGCACCCGGCUCCUUGACUGGCCUCAGCUGGAACUAGAGCGAGUCAACAGUUUCCUCACAAGCCGACUGGAAGAGAUCAAGAACACCAUCAAAGACUCGAUCCGGGCCUCGUUCAGCAUGUACGACCUCAAUCUGGACGUCAACGACUUUCCCAAGAAGGCGGCCACAUUGGAGGGCAACCACUUACUGUCCCAUCUCAACGGUUCCUCUGACUUGCAGCAGAUAGACCUGGACCUUUCUCCUCUUUCGCUCGGGAACUUUAAGAGCCACCUGGACCUGGCUAACGGCUGGGAGGACACGAGCGUCCCCCCUUCUCCGGGCGCCGCUGCCAGCCCUUCAACGGGGGUCAGCGGCGCUUCAAAGGACGCCCAGCGGUCGCACACUACAAGCAGUCUGUCCAAGCCCGCUAGAGUUCGCUCCCCAGACAGAUGCAGUUCCUCCGGAUGUGACAGUUUGCCCCAGGCGCCAGGCCAAGUUACGGCAAAACCAAAGGAGGACGCCCCUGAACCCAAGAACACGAGCGCUGGGAACGGGGGCGCCAAGUCCAAGAAGAAUAAAAAGCAGCAGCUAAAGCAGGAGCAGUCUGCAUUGGAGCAGAAUUCGACCAAACCAACCAAAGCUGCCUCUGGGAGCGAAGCCCAGAAAACCAAUGAGACUAAAGAAGGGGCGUCUCACGGCUCAAAGUCCGGGAGCAAGCAGCCUCAGCCGCCUGCAGACAGCCAGAGGAACGGGCCGAAGAAAGCCGAGGAGGGCAGGGCGUCCAAGCACGUAUCAAAUGGAGCGAACGGGCUCCCGGGCGCUCAGAGGGGGAAAACCGACACGGAGAGCCGAGGAGGUCGGCCUGAGCCGGAACCGGAGAGCAAAGCUCACACCUCCGCUCCUCCGAAUGGACCCCAGCAGCAACAAGCCAGGGGGAAAAAUAAGAAGAGCAAGAACAAGGGGGAAAAGUCCAGCAGCGCUAUCGAUGAUGUUUUUCUCCCCAAAGACGUGGAUCCCACAGAGAUGGAUGAGAUCGACCGGGAAGUCGAAUACUUUAAAAGGUUCUGUCUCGAUUCAGCGAAGCAAACCCGACAGAAAGUAGCAGUGAACUGGUCCAACUUCAGCCUCAAAAAGGUUCCUUCCAAUGCAGCUCAAUAACUUGGAUGAGAGUCAGAGGGGAAGAGAAAAACUUUCUUCACAUCACAAACUCUCUCAGCAGAGCCCGGUUUGGCCUGAGGCCUUCUCUCAUUCCCAGUUUUCUUCUCCUGACAAAGCCAAGGGACCCCGCUUUCCGAAUCCUCCUCUUCGCUAAAGAGACUGAGACUCGCGGCUAAGAAGCCAGUUAGCGUUCGUAAGGCCAACUCUGCCCUUUCUUUUUUUUUUUUUUUUUUUUUUCUAUUAUUGAAACACGAACUGAAUGAGUGACACGGAAAUGGAGAAAAGUCUGUUGAUUCAACUGCAUCCAUGUGCUUACGUAUGUAGUAUGUAAACAAUUAUAUGAAAUAAAUGGUUUUAUUACAAAUCUGAGAAAUGUUAACGUUGUUAAACUGAUGAACUCCAAUCAAGUGGAAUGGCACCGGUGCUCAUCAUCCAUCGCAACCUGCACUCCUACAGACCAGGCCCACGCGCUAAUAAUGCAGAACGGAGCACAAUAAUAAUAAUAUUCUGAACUAAUAAAGAGAUACCACCAUCAUCAUCAUCAUGCAGUUAUAGCAGAUGUACUGAUUUCAGUCUCUUAGACUGCAGUCAGUCCCCACUCUGAAUCGGACACUUUCCCCCCAAAUCAAAAAGCUUCCUACCUGCUUGACUUUCUUACGACGUUAUGGAAAUCGAAAAGAACAUGGCAUGGUUUUUAUUUUUGUUAAUGUGUUUUUUUUUUAACGAUGCAUAUUGGAGCAACACUAAUGACUAUUUAUGUUGUCAUAAAAUUUAGUUUUUUUACAUUUGGCCUAUGGGAUGGAUGCAUGGUAAAUGUGAUUUCUAUCUGACCCCCCCACCCCUGCAGAUGCAUCCCUAUGCAUGGUGUGUUACACACGAAAGAAACUGAAUUCUGCUCCGAUCUUGUACUGGGAAAGUCUGUGUGUCGCUUCUUCAGUGUCGGUUCCCCCCCCCCCCCCCCCCCCCUUUGGUGUUGGUUAUGAAGAAUUACAGAGAUAUCUAAUACACUCUGAUACUGUGUGUUGAAGAAACCCCUUGCCAUGAAGUGCUUACUCUCUAAACUGCUAUUUCAGCUCCUGCUCGGCAGCGCACUGUUCAAUGUUCACUCCCACAUCGGAAACACCUUGUUUGUCGCGGUUAAUUUAAAUGCUUGUACAUAUUGAGUGAAUAUUUUUGGCCCCUUCAAGCCCUUUGUCUUACCUUCCUGAGGGUUGUUUGUGUAAAUGUGUGAGCUUCAUUUAUUUUUUUAUUUGUUUAAUUUUUUUUUUUUUUUUUAAGCACACUGCUCUGACCUGUACUGUUAACUUGACACCCUCCUCCUGUUUUCUUGGCAACAACAUGAGAAGAGACCUUUAGGACACGAGCCUUAGGUUUUACACCGGUAUCAAUGUUUGUUUGUUUUUUGUUUUUUUUUCUUUGCCAGUUGACUUUGAUGAAGAUGGAUGAUUUUAUUUUAUUUUUUUUCUUUAAAUCUGUGCUGAAAUUCUGUUUUUAUUGUAAUAUCUCUGAUGCUUUCGAGGUUAUACUCAACUAGAAAACAUUAUCUUAAUGUUUCGAAUGUAGAUUUAUACUAUACCAAUAACAGCCAAGUGUAUGUUGGCUUGUUUCUUUUUUUAAUUCACUUUUGAUACUGUGAAAAAAAACAAAAAACAGUCUUUCGUUCGGAAAGAUUAAAACAAUACCGUUUUGACAAAA